UUUUACUUUAAAAUGACGUCACAGGAGUGUCAGGCGAAGCCGGGCUGGCAGGUUGUUAGUGAGUCGGAGAGAAGCAGAGAGAGGCAGCAAGAUGCAGCGCGGGGUGAUAACAUUGCACUCUCUCCGAUUGAUAAGUGCAUGAUUUCCCCCUCUUUCUCAUAAAACGAAAGGCAGUUUGCCUCUGCGAAACUGAUUCUACAAAACAUACAGAACUAGACUCACUGUCGCUUCUUUUUGUUUGUUUGUCAUUGUUUAUAAGCUUCUUUUUUUAUAUAAUUCAAGAACAUGCGAAAUGUAGGAAUCGAGUCUGCUUUAAAAUACACCCUGGACUGAAAAUUUCUGGUCAUUUAUUUUUAAGCUUUUAGUUUAACGUACACCAAACAUUUCCGCGUGUGUUUUAUUAUACUGUCUUUGAAUAAUUAUCUUGAAGUGCGUGGUAAUUUUCAAAGCUGAAGCCACAGGGGAUGUCGACGGUUCACCUUGUCGCUUUGUCAUUUUUCGUGGCUUUUUCGGACUUGGCAGAGGAAUUCGUCUGUUCAUUUUGAAUUAACCUAAAGUUUGAUCGACACAAACCAAUGGACAGAAGACACCUUAUAUUGAAUAACUUAAGGAAGAGCACCUGGAGGGGACUACUUCGGAUGCCUUCAUUCACUGAUUUCAAUUAAAUCAUAAAGCAACCCCGGCCACUGAGAGAAAACACAUCAUGAUAUCCAUAUGAUCCAGUUAUUUUGUCUCAUCUCUGUUCGACAUUUGUGCGUUGUGGGAGGACCAGCAGCGUUUUCGGAGUAAUUCAUGCCCAAUAUUCUGAGGAGCAGAAGCUCAGAAUGCUAGCAUUAUUGAUGCCUGGAAUAAGGUAUUUAACUUAACUGUUUUCAUGUGCGACUAACGACAAUUGUGGGAACGUGCAUAAAUGGGAGGAUAUCUAAAGGACUGAUUCGGAAUUAUUUUCGAGAAAAUGUGGAUAAAACGGAUUGUUGCACGCAGUCCAAUGUCUGCUUUGAGAUCCGGGGGCUCGCCAGGACGCCACGCUUGGAUCCUCCUCGCCAUGAUACACCUCACCAUGGAUUUCACCUUCUGUAGCCCUGUGACUCAAGGCCCGGUGCUCAAGCUCCUCUCCAGACCCGCGCCUCGCUCCAGGGCCGGCCCCGGGUCCGCGUGGGACCCGCCCAACCAGCCGCUGUGGCGGGGCGCGGGGCCGUGGUGGCAGAGGACCCUGCGGCCGACGCCGCAGCCAGAGCGGGCGGACAAGCUCCCCGCGCCCGCGGGUCAAAAGCACAGGGGCCCCGCCGCCGCGCACAGAGGCCCCCCCUGUUCGGAGUGCCAGUCGAAACGCUCUUCCGCCAAGGCGACGGACUCCCUGGCUCCUUCUUCUUCAGCGGGGGGAGGAAACUCGGAGCCGUCGGCCAUUUUGAUAAGGCCGAGGAGGCAGGCGAAGUGGGACGGCUACGACAGGUCCCAGGACGGCAGGACGACGACGGUGCCUGGAUUUAUAGACUGGGGGCCGACGGGCGGGGAGGAAGGAGGCGAGGACGACGGCAGGGUGGUGCCCAACUCCACUGUGUCCACCAAAGCCCUGACCACCACCACCAUCACCACCACCACAACCACCACCACCACCACAAAGCGCCACCCCCAAACAAACUAUGUGGCGGUGACAACCAUCCACCCCCGGAGACAGAGCACAACGCCAUCCAGCAUUAUCAUCGGGGUGACUGCCAAACCACCAAAGCCAUUUGGAGACACAGCAGGUCUGGCUGUUCACCAGAUCAUUACAAUCACUGUGUCUCUAAUCAUGGUAAUCGCAGCCUUGAUAACAACACUGGUCCUUAAGAACUGCUGUGCACAGAGCGGAAGUGGUCGCCACAGUAGCCAUCAACGGAAGAUAAACCAGCAGGAGGAGAGUUGCCAGAACCUGACGGACUUCACCCCGGCGCGGGUGCCGAGCAGCGUGGACAUCUUCACGGCCUACAACGACAGUUUACAGUGCUCGCACGAGUGCGUACGGACAGCAGUGCCCGUUUAUACGGACGAGAUGAUCCAGCAGACCCCCGUGUACAAGACAACAUACAACGGAAAUAGACCUUCGCCCACUGAACGGCAGCUAAUUCCUGUGGCCUUUGUGUCUGAGAAAUGGUUUGAGAUCUCCUGCUGACCGACCGGUGUCCCUUUACUUCCUGUCGGUGGUUCAGACUUCCUGAUUUUUUUGUUUCUGGAUUCCAUUGGUCAACCUGUAAACCAAGCGAAACAAGCAAUUACACAAAGAACCAACAGCCAAUUUUGUAAAAUAAUGGGACCUUGCCCGAACAUGAGCGCAGAAGUUUAUUUUUCUAAAAUGAAUGACAGCUUGAGACAGUGGAGCCGGAUGCCUCUCCAGAUUAUUUUCCAGAGACCGAUGGUGAUUUAAAAAUAUAUAUUUAGAGCGAAUAUAUAUAUAUAUAUAUAUAUUACGUGUGUGCGUGCGCGCACCGAAGAGUAAAUCAAAUCACAGACACGCUGAAGACAAGAGAGUGUACUAGCCAAUGGCUGCUGCCAGUGCGAGCUGAACUGUGUUACUGAACAAUGUGCCAAUAAUGCCACUUGUGCCACAUUCUGUACAGAAGGACCCCAUCCAGGAUAUCAUGGAUUAAUAAAGACAUUAUGGGCAAGUCAUUUUACCAAGUCGUACCCCUACAUCAAUCCAGUACCCUUUUUGAAACAAAAGAAACAAAAAAAAAAUAAAAUAAAAAAAAAUAUUUUUAUGAAUAUGUUUUAACAUAGUUAUAAAGCGUUGUGGUAAAUUCCAAAAGAGAAAAUGUAUAAAGCACUAUACGGUGAUAACAAAAGAAGAAAUUGCUUUCUACAGUACAUGCUAUGUUCUAGACUUUUCUUCCAGGCAUUGUUACCAGAUCCCCUUUUAAGAACAAAAGAAAAGAAAAGACAAAAAAAUUCAGCCUAUCCCAACCGUAUUUUUAUACAGCAACAAACAAUUGAAUCACAACACGACAUCUAGGUCCACUGUGACUGGACCUCAGGACUGUUAAUCAUGUUCUGGUGCCCAAUUUGAGAUGACUGUCAAGAUACAGACCAGACUCUUAAAAUAAAUGAUGCUGUCAAAGGGUUAUUCCCAAAUGAAGUUUCACUUUUGAUAAUUUAAACAUAGGAAUACAGUUUUAAUACUUGGCCAUUAAAAUGUAAUUUUUGGGGGAGAUUUUUAUUUUAUUUUCAUUUAUUCAAGCCAUGAUUACCAUUUUUUUUAAAAAUACAACGAGAAUGGCACUAUCUCUUGUGGGAGGUCUCUAAUACAUCUUGGUUUAAACUGACAUAUCCCAGUUUUAUUAAAUGAUAAAAGACAGUUUUAUGUCUUUUUCACCGAGCCAAGGAGGAGCUGAGGUGCAAGCGGAAGCAAAACAGAUCAUCACUGCCAGCAUUUGAGAAUCAUCGCACGCGUUCCUCGUCUUAAUCCAAGUCCAGGAAAGCCUUUAUCUUUAAAUGCAAUUACUAAUGCGCCCAAAAUCAGUCUCAGUGUAGCGUACUGUGUGAGUGAGCAUGUCAGUGACGGCUGUGUGGUGUGACAUGACCCAUCAAAGCCAGUACAAGGGUGCGGUUCAUUCGCUGGUGACAGUCACAUGUUCUGGUGUGUCACAUGGUCGACAGAGGUGCCAUUUUGAAACCUGCAGCAGAAUUUCCCAUUCCAUUAACAACUGUAGCUCUUUAUUGACAGUUUAAAAACCACAAAUAUUAUCAUUAUUAUUGGAUCAAGUAUUUGAGUAGUAUGGCAUCAAAAAUACAAAUGAAUAAAGUGUCAUUCCUCAACUGAAUUCAGUUGCAACAUCAACUGCCAUGAAACCACCCACUGACAAUACUCAUGUGCUUUAAAUGUGGUGUUAGUUGACUGUUCAGACACUGCUGGGGAUUUUUUAUUUGCAAGCUUUAUUGAUUAAUAGAAUUACCAUUUAAUUUUACGAAUUAUACCGACAUCCUACGAUGGGCAUCCACAGCUCUUAUGGCCAAAUCCUGUCCCUAAAGAUGCCCAUUUUGUUAUGUAAAAUGAAUAUAAGGUGAAUUGAGUGCCAGGUUCACAUCUCCAGUGAAAACCAGAGAAGACUCUGAAUCUGCCACUCAAUUCAAUUUUAUAUGGCUCUGUUGACAUAGUAUCUGUGACAUCAGCAUUUCCAGUACGUAUUGGACAUGCAAAUACAUGAAUAAAUUAUAGUAUAAGACUUAAAACACAAUGGACCUCAUUCACAUAACUUUUCUUAAAUUAUUCUUACUGUACAUUUGUUCCUAAAAAUGUUCCUACAAAAAUACCAAUAUGGAAUUCAUGACACAUGUCCAGACCUUUGUUUUUGUGCAUAUGAUUGUAUGAGAUAAUGAAUGCUGACAGUUUGCAAAUUUUAUGCGCAAUCAUGUUCAUGUGAUUAGUAUAAGGAAACAGCCAUAAAUAAGUACAGAUAAAUAAAAAAAGAUGAAUUCCAAAAUGUUAUUUAAAACGUUCUUAGACACAGUUUACGAUUAAAUGUGAUUGUACACAUACGUUGUGAAUGAAGCCCAAUGUUAUUAUAAACAGAAUGUGUAUCCAGGAAAAAACAAUUAAAAAUAAAAAAGUAACCCAUAUUAGUUACUGUCAUGUAACGGUUUUGCUAGCUUCAGUUUCAACCGCAGGAAAUUACCAAAAAUGUUUGUUAUGUUUUAAUAUAUGCGAGUCAGUGACCCCGUGGCCGACAGUACCCUGACACCGUAAUGUUAUGGUUGCGCUCCUCAGCCCAGUUAUCCUGGAGCCCAUAAGGACCUGUCUGGGUGCCAUCUGGCAGCACACAGUGUAAAUGUGGGUUGCCCCCGCAAGUGGGCCUAUUCUGGGCACGCACCUGUUGGUCCCGCCAGAUCACACAAUGAAAGAGGAAAUGAGCACCGUGCGCUGCUGUGUGCUAGCCAUUCACGGACGCCGUGCCCAUUGUGCUUUGCUGCCUGCAUAUCCCACUGCCCCUCACCUCAGAUUUCCUAUAAGAGAUAAUGCCUCAUUCUCAACCAGAGAGUGACCUGAGCUGGUUCUGCUGCUGCCCUGAUUUCAUAUUUUUAUUGAAAGAGCCUGAUGGCUGAUUAUUAUAUUGUUGCUGUAAUAUACAUGUGUAGAUGUAUUAUAUAUAUAUUAUAUAUAUAUAUAUAUAUAUAUAUAUAUAUAUAUAUAUAUAUAUAUAAUACAAAAUCCUUCCAUUGCUGUACAGGUGUUCUAUUUUUUAAAAGAUUACCUGUUCUUUUUGGGAGUGUUGGGGCUGGGAAAGGGAAAUUGUGUCUCUGUUUACAUCUGUGACUACAAUGGGUACAACAAUGAUAUUUCUUUCAUAACUCAGAUUGACCUUGUGCCAAACUUCUGGUCCGCGCAUUCAAGCAGUAUGUACGAUAUCUUCAGCCAACAAAAUAGGGUACAUAAUGCUUACAUCGAGGCUACUGUAUUUUUUUCACGCUAACACCAUGUUCGAGAUCAAGAGCGGACCAUUUUUAUGUUAAAUCUUCAGGAAGAAAAAAAACUGGAGCAGGGCAGGAUUUGAGAGGUUUUCAUCUGGCACAAAAUGACAAUGAUCCCUAAACUGGGCAUUUAUUGAUCAGUUAAGACUCACCACUAUAGUGGUGGCAGAGCCAGGAUUUGUAAACCCCAAACUUAGUGGCAGCAUCAUCUGUUAUGAAUGGAUCACUGAAUUUAUCUAACAGCAGUCUUUUGUAAUGAAAAGACUGAUUGGUUGAUAUGAAUUAGGGAUUGACGGAUGGGCUGGUCUACCCAUUAUGGGAUUCGUGAAGUUUCACUCUCCCAUUGCUAUGCCAUUGUCAAAACUGGUUCUGUAACAAAGAUAAUGUUUUAACUGAUGUUCUUGCAAGUAAUUAAUUCUAAGGUCAUUAAGCGUGGUCCAACAACUAUUUUUGCCUCAUGUAAAGCAUUCUGUUGCCAAUCAUUCAGGUGUAAACCAUUUUCUGAAUAAUUUAUCAUAGCAGUGCACUGGAGCACACCCGUUUAGUACAGAACUGUUUACAUGCUUCUCGUUCCUACACUAUACCUCAGUUUUUUUGGAAAUAUGAAUAUAUUGUGUCAACACAUGCUCAAGUCUUUCAGUUUUCACAUUAUAUAUUGCUAUAAAAAUGAAUGGUUUUAACUGUAUUGCAGAUGUAUUUUUUUUCUCAAAAUGACAAACAAGAAAACAAUAUUCUCGAUUGAUUGUAAAAUGGCACACUUGCUAUUGAACAAAUGUGUUAAAUCAGCCACCAGAUCCUCCUGAUAUAUGAUUUGGUUGAUACAUUCUUCCAGGAAAAGGAUAUGUAAAUUUCAAAUCUUGACAUUAGGGUUUUUAUUAUUGGUUUUGGAUUGUACUUGUUUUGUGUGUGUUUCUUUAUCUGUUUUCUCUGACCCAAGUAAUGUCUCUAAGGACACAAGAUUAUGGUGUCAAUUCAUUGAAAUCAUAAUAGAGGUUACACAGCAGGACCCGGUGUGUUGGUCUUGGCUGUUAGUCCAGACUCUUUUUGCAGAUGAUGUAAUGUGCUGGCAUCCACUGGUGGUCUUGUUUUUUUUUAAUAAGAACUUUUUCACAAAACAUUUAGAAACGACUGAGCACCUGUUGAUGGUGCGAUGUUGAGAUGAAACCUGCUACCUUCUGGAUAUGGAGACGGAAUGAUAUCCCAUGAUGCACCAUUGCUCUGUGCCCUCACCCUCUCCACUUCCUUCCACAGCCUGAAAUAAGGGAAGAAAUUGCUACCGUAAGCCUUUGUAGUUUCAGAACACUGUUUUUUAAAAAUUGCUUUACGUCAUUCGCUGACGCUUUUAAGGACAGAAAUUCCCCAUUUGUAUCUGCUAUAUCAUUAGAAUUUGUUUCAGUAUUACAUGCAGUCUCAAAAUUUAGAAAAGUACAAAAUCUACCUUAAAAACUGGAACUAAGGUAGUUGAGGCGUGGCGCCUAUCUUUGAAACAUCCCGUCAGCACUUAUGCGCUUGUGGUGUCGUCGUCAUUCAAACACAAAUGGGUUCGAAGGCCGUCCAGUACUUAUGGUUCUUCAGAAUCUCGACUGCUCCCUUAGAGUAAUUAUAGAUGAUAUUGGCAUGCGGAGAGAUUAAAAAAAAAAAAGCAAAGGAGAGCUGAAAACUAUCAUGGAUGAAUACCAGCCGAUCUGAUGCGCGGUCAUUUCCGUAAUGACCCUUGUGAAUUGCGUCCUAAAUACUGUAUGCUGCUUAAUGGCCACAUAAACUGGCUGUAAAUUAAUGGUAAUAAAAUAAUAUAUGGGGGGAAUGGCUCUAAUGCUUCUCAUGCAUACAGGUCAAAUUUUAGAUGCAUUGUAUUUUUUUCUCCCUCUGUGUUCUGCAUGUUUGACCAUUUUGGUUGAGCAUGUAAAUCAGAUUUACAAUGGCCCCCUAAAAUGUAAAAGGUCAGGUUUUGAUAUAAAAUGGAGUUGUAUUACUUUGGCCUCACAGCUAAACGAACGUCACUCGUAUUGUACAUUCAACUUGUCCAUUUAACCAGCCGCAGAUUUCCCACUUUCAUAUUAUUUAUCGAAAAUGUGAAGACAAUUUACGUAUGAUUUUUUUUUCUUCAGCUGAUUGUUGUGUGUUUUAAUGGUGCAAUUUAGUUAGAAAACCAUGACAACAUUUUUCUGAACACAAUUUAUUUAUUUAUUGUCUGUGAUUACAUUCAUGGAGGACAAAAUAAGCAGAUAAACAAAUUU